GCUAAGAAGACCCAGAAGGUCACCAAGAAGUUCAUCAUCAACGCUUCCCAGCCCACCAACGACAAGAUCUUCGACCCUUCUGCCUUCACCACCUUCCUCCAGUCCCGCAUCAAGGUCGACGGCCUCACCGGCAACCUCGGCGAGCGCAUCACCGUCACCAACCUCAACGACGGCAAGAUCGAGGUCGUCGCCCACCAGGAGUUCUCCGGUCGCUACCUCAAGUACCUGACAAAGAAGUUCCUCAAGAAGCAGCAGCUCCGUGACUGGCUCCGCGUCGUCUCCACCUCCAAGGGUGUUUACGAGCUCCGCUUCUACAACGUCGUUGGCGAGAACGAGGAGGAGGAUGACGAGUAA